CGUCAAGAAACGACGGAUGAUGCGGCGUUAUCCUUCCCUAAGCAGACAAGCAAGAAUAAAAAACGCAACAACGGCACAAGCGGAGGUCAAAAAUUCACUACGAAAGCAUUAUCUCAUGCUUGAUAUACUUAUCUGAUCCUUGAUACUUUGUGAAAACUGUAACUAAACGCGAAUAUGCCGGCUACUAUGUAUGAUCAAAAACGACAUGCCUUUUCCCCAACGAUUACUAGCAACGAGUUUGUCCGGCGCUUGUUUUCGGGCCACAAAACAAAGCUCAAGCACCACAAGCAGCUGCAGAUGAGUGUUGCGGUUGAAACGAGACUCGUCCUGUAACGGACUCAGAGUCUGCCUCUGCCUCUGCGUGAAGAUGUUGGAGAAAUAACAGCUAUCAACCUCUACUUUCUUCAAAGAAAACAGGAGCAAUAAACAAACAAAGAAAUGGCCUCUAUUUUCGCUCGUUGCUUUAGCGCUAAGGAGUUUACGCAGAUCCUGGUCAUAGGGCUGGAGGGCGUCGGGAAGAGUACACUUCUGCACAGACUGAAAGUUCCUCAGUGGCGUAGCGAGAAACUAAUACCCGCACUCAGCGAUCUCCGGCAAUAUAGGUUGUACUUAUGAACAUAAGUGCUUCUUCUUGAGCGAUCUCCGACAGAAUAGGGUGUACUUAUGAUCAAUAAAUACUUGAUACUUUUGGUUGUUCUGCUUGUGAACAAGGGUAGUGGACUUCAACAUCAUCAUGAUUAUUACUAAUCUCGAUGUUCAUGUAGUUGUAACCACCUCGACUAUUAUAGAAGACAUGACAAGCCUCUAGGUGUGGUUAAUUGACAUCUAUAUUGGUAACACAUCUAGCCAAGUAUACUAGAAGAAGUCAUGACAUCAAAGACAAGGAUUCCCUCACCCACUCUAAUCAAAAGUCCAGAGGAAUACCAGAAGAUACUUGACGAGAGAAAAGAAGGAGGCGGUCGUAAUACGGAUCCUGUGAUAGAGUAUACCAGCUACGACGGAGCGCCAAAGGUCGCAGUCUUGAAAGAUCCGGGAUAUAACUAUGAGGUAUAAAUUGAUGGCAGUGAUCAUCAUGUUGAACCUGAACGAUCCUUCGGGACAUAGAUAAGUAUUCAUAACUGCGAGGUAUAUAAUCUUGGUAGAUGACGUAUCCAUUUUCUAUGACCUGCAUUGGCCAAUUAUAAAGAAUAUGAACAAUUAUGUGAAUUAUAGAUUAAUUUGCAAAUACAACAAGAUACAAGAAAGUUAGAAGAAGGAAACACCAAACUCUCACCUUAUCAACCAGACUUUCUACGAUUUUGGUUUGUGGGAUAUUCCUGGCAUUGUGAGCGACGUCCUUCCCAGCCUAUGGGCGCUUUUCUACAGAGCGGUGAAAUAUAGUGCAGUUUUUUACGUCGUCUCAUCCUUACGGCUUGUACAACAAGAAAUCCAUCGAUCUUCAUCUUGGUGUUCCCAAGCAUAUUGAUUCAUUGGUUCCGUUUUUCAAGGGAAAUGGAAAACGUGCACCAAGCAGGUGCUCCACUGGAUGGAUUUGCGCCAUUUUUUUCGAACUCCCACGGACGCAGACAGAUUGACGACGUGUAGGAAACACAUUUUUUCCCUCAUGAACGAAGAGGAGCUCAGGGAUUCCGCCCUCGUGAUCCUCAUUAAUAGCAGACGAGAAAAUCCGUAUGAUGUGGCAAGGGAUGCCUUUUACUACGAAUUGGAACUGCAUGUAUGGACAGGAUGAAAUGAUCGAGCUCGUGACCUCCAAUGUCGAUGAACAAUAAUAUCGAUGAACAAGCUAAUAAUUGAAGUCUACUUGUAUACCAAACGAAAACGAAUGGGUACAGGGUACUACACUACUACCACUACUACUAAGACGCUCAUUAGAUUCAGAUCAUCUUAUUCUAGUUGGUUCAUGUACAAGUACUAGUACCUGCCUCAUUAUCUUGUCUCCUGUUGUAUUCGAAUUGUCCUCGAGUCUACUGUGUCUGUUGUUUCUCAUCUUCUUCUUUUUCACAGCUGUCGCAGUAGAACAGCUUCCACGUCCUCUACCUCUCUCCUCGGUUCCCCUACUACGACGUCUCUUCUAAUCGCCAAGCUGGACCCAACGAAAGUGCGGAAAUUUGCUUUCGAUUUCUCUGCAAUAAAGGGGCAGAAAGAUCCGAACUUUCUGCAAGUUCUUGAUUUCGUACGAAAUAGGGAGAAAAAGUAGUUGUAACAUCAACGUGCUCAUUAUAUUCACUUUUUCUCUCAGUCAUGUUGAAAUGUUACAUAAUGGACAGUUACAUAUUAAUGGACAAGAAGGAUCGGUGUUCGUCAUUCAUCCGCGCUUCGUUCUUGACUCUUUUUAUGGUGGUGGAAAAGGUAUAGGCGGGUUACAUUUUCGGUUUCUUCGUGGUUAUGCGUCUCAAAUUGCUGUUGUCUGUGGUAAUCUAGCUACAACUGCAAAGGCUGAGCAGACACGUAACAUCUGUACUGGCGUAGCAUGUGAUAUCGUGUGAAUGUCAAUGCCAGCACUCCACGUCUGCUUUUGCAUUUAUUUAAAUUGCCUUAAAAUAAGUGGUACAGGUCGAGGCCGUCUCAGUCUGGUUCUGGUCGAUAUGUAGACACACCUAGAAUUUUCU